GCUGGCUGCGGGUGUUUGCCGCGGCCACUUGCCGCGCGCCUUUCCGACGUCACACCAAUUUUGAAUUUGCAACCGCCAUCUUUGGCCAGUUUUUUGGUUUCCGUGGAGUGCAAUGACCGCCGUGCCGCUGCUCACUUAGUGAUGGACUGUCCGCUUCCAGCUGUUCAGUGCUAGACUCUCACUUGUUCCUUGCCAAGUUGCCACGGCUGCUAUGGAUAGCGCGAGCUGCUGCUGAUCUUGGAGUACCACAGUACGAUUGCAGAUAUAACAAACCUGUCUCCAAGCUACCAAGAUGCAGCCGUUCCAAUCCACUGCGCGGCCCGAGGGUCCCCGGGAGUCAUCUCCGGAACGUGCCAAGUCUCCGGACACGCCGAUUGCUCCUGUUCUCAAUUUCUCCAUCGCACGGUUGAUGGAACCUGAUAGAAAGAAGUCAGUAUCCCCUGAACCACCACCACCACCGCCAGGGUUCCUGUCAUACGGGGCGCAACUGCUGGAUUCAGCGUUCAAGCAAUAUAUCCCGGCAGCGAGGAGACAGCUGGUGUCGCACUACCCUCUCCUAUACUAUGGUCCUGACUUGGUUUCUCUCACAUACGCUCAUCAACUGCAGCUACCCCGGCCACCUCCACCGACGUCGCCAGUCCAGCGCCCGCCCAGCCCCCGUCCUCCUGCAGCAGACCAUGCCGUGUCAUCCACCACAGGCCCUACACCUUCCCCCGCGAAGAACAAGAGCUUCGCCUGCGGAGACUGCGGCAAAGUGUUCAACGCGCACUACAACCUCACCAGACACAUGCCAGUACACACGGGCGCCAGGCCCUUCGUGUGUAAAAUAUGUGGGAAGGGGUUCCGGCAGGCGUCCACACUGUGCCGACACAAGAUCAUACACACCUCGGAGAAGCCACACAAGUGCCUGACUUGCGGCAAAGCGUUCAACAGGUCCUCGACCCUGAACACCCACGCCAGGAUCCACGCGGGGUACAAGCCCUUCGUCUGCGAGUUCUGUGGCAAGGGCUUCCACCAGAAAGGCAACUACAAGAACCACCGCCUGACGCACAGCGGGGAGAAGGCGUACAAGUGCAGCAUCUGCAACAAGGCCUUCCACCAGAUCUACAACCUCACCUUCCACAUGCACACGCACAACGAGCGCAAGCCCUUCACCUGCAGCAUCUGCGCCAAAGGGUUCUGCAGGAACUUCGACCUGAAGAAGCACACUCGCAAGUUGCACCUGGGCGCCGGCAGCUCCAACAACGGAGACUCCUCGCUGGACACGCAGGACGAGUCCACGCAGGAGGCCACCAGCAGCCCCGUGGAGGACGCCAGCCGCGUGGCCUUCAGGCCGUUCCUGGGCGCCUCGUACCCUCGUAUCCUGGACCCGUCCCGGAUGACUGCGCCGAACACUUUCUUCUCGAAGCUGUUGUGACCCGGGGCUGCGUACUUCAAUACUUACGGAGACAACAAGGAGUGAAUUGAUGAAGGAUUUGAUUAGCCACUGCUACUCGUGAUGUUUGUGAACAAGUAGAGUUAUACUAUCCAAGUUAUAUCUAGUUGUCGUGUUCAGCCGUCCCUUGGUUCGCGCCGCUGCCUGGCGCUCUUCGGCACCAGUUUAUAGACAAGUUCUGUACGCUUUCCAUUUCAUCAAUGUGUAUUUUAUGAUUACAUUCCGAAAAAAAAGAUAUUAUAAUAUUUAGCAAAUGUGGAAUUUGUAAUUAAAUAGGGAAUUGUUGUGUAAAUAUUGAUAUUGUAAAUAGAUUCCGUGAAAUAUGGUUUUUAUGCCAAUGUACAAUUGCACAAGUUUGCGUCUACUCUCGCGAGUAAUGGGUAAAAAAUAAUAAUGAAAUCUCUAAGUCUAAAUAAUAUAGAGGUAGGUAAAAAAAAAAACAAAAUUUGUCUUAAAAUUAUCCUGGCAUCAUGUACUUACGUUAUUUGAACCUCGGAAUAUUUAGGCAUUAAAUAUGGCGAUAAUAAAAUUGUUUAGAUAUAAUGAUAAAUGUAUAGUCGAUUUAUGAAUAUAUGGAGUGAUGAUAUUAGCUGUAAAUAAUAGUGUUAUGUAGUGAAUCAUAAAGUAUAGACAAUUUACCAAAUGCAAUAUUGAGUGUAAACUAUAAUUUAAUAAAUAUAUGCGCUGUGAAAUAUUA